UCCGUGUUUUCAAACCGAGUGGGCGUGCGCGAUUGGCUGGCGUGCGCGCCACGUGAGUAACGGUCGCGGGAAAGCCGCGGAGUCCGAACGGCGCGAGGCGAGCCGUGCCCGGGGCAGCGCCGCGCGGAGCCGCCAACCGCCGCCGGGACGCAGCGCAGCGCCGAGGGGAGCGGGGCAGCGUGGGCGGCCGGGCGCGGCCGGCAGCGGGACUCGCACCGAGCCGCCAUGAGCUUCCUCAGCUUGCAGCAGGCGGCGCCGCCGCGGCGGGUCUCGGCCCGGCGGGCGGCCGCCCCGAUCCGGCAGAAGCUGCUGUUCCUGAGCGGCCACAGCGACUGCGAGGAGGAGGAGGAGGACGAGGAGGAGGAAGGCGGCAGCAGCGGCAACAGCACCGGCGAGGACUCGGCCUUCCAGGAGGCGGACUCGCCGCUCUCGGCGGCUCGUACCCCGGCGCGGGGCGACCCGCCCCUGCUGGAGGAGAAGGAGGAGGAGGAAGAGGAGGAGGAGAUGGAGUCCGCGGCGGCGCCGCUGCCGGACGAGGGGGACUCGUGGGAAGAAGAGGGGUUCGGCUCCUCGCCGGUGAAGUCGCCCGGAGCCUACUUCAUGGCCGGCUCGCCCUCGCCGCCGCCCCCCCACAAGGGCCGCCGCUACUGCGGGCGCUCCCCCCCGCCCCCGGCGGCUGGCGGCUACCGGCUGCGGGGCGAGGAGUGCAGCUCGCCGCUGCCCGACUACCCCGGCACCCCCCCCCACAAGACCUUCCGCAAGCUGCGCCUCUUCGACACGCCGCACACCCCGAAGAGUUUGCUUUCGAAAGCACAAGGAAUGGGUUCCAGCUCAGUCAAACUUCGAGGAGGCUCUCUAUUUAUGAAUGUUGGGAAAUCAGAGAAGCAAGAAGAAGAUAUUAGACAAACGCCUCAUGUGAACAUCAAUCCCUUCACUCCUGAUUCCAUGUUCCUUCACAACUCUGAAGGAAAGUGUCGCAGCAGGAAGAGAACGCACUGGAAUGACUCUUGUGGAGAGGACAUGGAAGCAAGUGAUGGAGAGCCUCAAGAUGAAAUUAUCAGACCUGCUAAGAGGAUAACAAUAACAGAAAGUAAUAUGAAGUCACGGUAUGCAACUGAAUUUCAUGAGUUGGAGAAGAUCGGAUCUGGGGAAUUUGGUUCUGUGUUUAAAUGUGUGAAGAGGCUUGAUGGCUGUAUUUAUGCAAUAAAGCGAUCCAAGAAACCUUUAGCUGGCUCAGUGGAUGAGCAAAAUGCUUUAAGAGAGGUCUAUGCACAUGCAGUUCUGGGACAGCAUUCUCAUGUAGUAAGAUACUACUCUGCAUGGGCAGAAGAUGAUCACAUGCUUAUACAGAAUGAAUAUUGCAAUGGUGGCAGCUUAGCAGAUGCCAUAAGUGAAAAUUACAGGAAUAUGCAUUAUUUUACUGAACCAGAACUGAAGGACCUGCUACUUCAGGUGGCUCGAGGCUUAAAGUACAUUCAUUCCAUGUCACUGGUGCACAUGGAUAUCAAACCUAGUAAUAUUUUCAUAUCAAGGACAUCUGUCCCAAGUACAACUUCAGAAGAAGGUGAUGAUGAUGACUGGUCAUCUGAUAGAGUCAUAUUUAAAAUAGGUGACCUUGGUCAUGUAACUCGAGUAUCUAGUCCACAAGUCGAGGAGGGUGAUAGCCGUUUUCUUGCAAAUGAAGUCCUGCAAGAGAACUACACUCACUUGCCAAAAGCAGAUAUUUUUGCUCUUGCUCUGACUGUUGUUUGUGCUGCUGGGGCUGAACCACUUCCAACUAAUGGGGAUCAAUGGCACGAAAUUCGACAAGGAAAGCUACCUAGAAUACCACAAGUGCUUUCUCAAGAAUUAACAGACUUACUAAAAGUUAUGAUUAAUCCUGAUCCAGAGAAAAGGCCUUCAGCUGUGGCACUAGUCAAACAUUCAGUGCUUCUCUCUGCCGCAAAAAAGAGUGCAGAGCAGCUCCGGAUAGAACUGAAUGCUGAAAAAUUCAAAAACUCGCUCUUGCAGAAAGAGCUGAAGAAGGCACAGAUGGCAAAGGCUGCAGCUGAGGAGCGAGCACUGUUCACUGACAGAAUGACAACUAGAUCUACAACACAAAAUAGACCAUCUCGACUGAUUGGAAAGAAAAUGAACCGCUCAGUUAGCCUUACUAUCUACUGAGUAUGGAGGCUGAAAGAACUGCUGAGGAUGGCUAUAGCAUCUCUGCCAAUCUGAAGCCUAAGGAAUUGAAGGAAGCAUUCAGUUCCUGGCUUCUUGUUCUGUCUUUGAUCAGUGUCACUAGUUCUACAGGAAUUGCAAGUUUUUACUUUUAUAAUAUGGCUUAUUAGCUGUAUUAACCAUUUGAGUUAAUGGACUCAUUUCCUAUGUUGUUUAUAGAGGAUCCUGGAUGUUAAUCCAUAAGCCUUUCAGUUACACUGUUAGAUGUUACAUCGUCCCAGGGUUAACCACUAUAGUGGUGUGCUGCUUUGUAGCGUUAUGGCAUUGUAAUAAGUAAUAUCCCUGAUGAUCUUUAAGAGGGAGAGAGGGGGCCUUGCUUUGAUAGUUACCAAUUUUUGUUGUGGGUGUUUUUUUUGUUGUUGGUUUUUUUGGUUUGUUUUUUUUUUUUUGUGAGCAAAGGGGAAUAAAUUUUGAAAGGCAGGCUUUAAGGCCACCUGUACUCAAUGUACCUGAUGUCAGGUAGACUUUUAUUGUGAAUUUUAUUUGUAUAUUCAACUGGGAGCACUUUGUAGGCAUUGCAUAAACCACAGCUUAGAAACCUGUGGAAUUAAGUGCCAUGUGGAACUGCUGCUAUUUUUAGUUUGUUGUUCUUGCUGUAAAGUGUAGCAUUAAAACAAUCAUUAUUGUGUUAAUAGGCUUCUUGUUAAAAACAAUUACGUGAAACAAAUCGAAGCUGCAUUUUAGUAAAGGCAGCAUUUUUUCUCUCAAAGCUAGUGCAUUCUGAAAUAAUGCACCAAUGUAAUAUUUGGACUCUGUAUUAGUGUAGUGCAAUUGUUAAUGUCUUGGCUAUUGAUGUUUUGUAAUUUUCCAAUAACAUUCUCUUAAAUGUUGGUGUUCUCUUGAGUUGUCCAUUCUUAAGACUAUUGUAUUUUUUUUUUUAUGUUGGAGUACUUGUAAAUAAUUGUUUAGUUUAAGUGUUUGGGUUGUUCUUCAUCGUUUAUGUACAUAAAGUUUGAUCGUGCUUAUAGUAUACGAUACUGAAACUGCAGUCAGAGAUGCCAACAGACAAAGCUUAACUAUUGAGUUUUAAAUUCUAAAAUGAACAGAAUGUGGCCGUCAGAGUCUGUUCCAGUGUUGGACCUAGGCUGACAGAUGUUGCUAAAAAAUAGAGCUGUUUCAAUUACUGGCUUGUCUCUUCAAUAAUUAUAGUUUAAACAAUGUUUCCAAUUUGUGCUCUAUUCAUACUAGUGUUGAAUUUUAAUAUUAAAAAGUUUUGUUUAA